AUGGAUUCACUUGACGAGAACCAAAGCUUCACUACGCUCUUACAAUCCGGGUUGCAAAACUACAAGGAAACUCCAUCCCAACCUAAAAUGAAAUCUACUAAAAAAUCAAACUUCUCUAUUGAAGAAGACAUUCUACUAGUAAAUGCUUGGAUCAGAACUAGCAUUGAUCCAAUUCAAGGGACUGAUCAAAAAGGCAGCAAAUUUUGGGAUAGAAUUGGCAAAGACUAUCAUGAGAACAAGAAAGGAAACACGGUGGAACGUACGGUUCAUUCUUUACCAAAUCGAUGGUCAUCAAUCCAAAAGUUUACCAACAAAUUCUGGGGGUUCUUGGCUCAAGUUGAAACAAAGAAUCCAAGUGGUGCUACUGAGGAAGAUAAGAUUAAUUUGGCAAAGGAUAUGUACCGGGACGAAUACUCUAUCGGAUUUCAGUUUGAACAUUGUUGGAACUUGUUGAAGACAUUGCCAAAAUGGAAGCAAUUGAAGCCAAUGUUGAGAAGGAAAUCCAUUGGUAUAAGUCCUUCUUCUCCUCAACUUGUGAUACAUCUAGGGGAAGUCAAUGAUGAUGAAAAUGUUAUUGUAGACUUAGAGAGACCUAUAGGCAAGAAGACCGCGAAAGAGAGGGAGAAAAAAAGAAAGAGCAAAGAUUGUGGAGAGAAAGAGAUUGUGAUAGAGGUUUUGACUGAAUUAACGGAAGUGACGAAAAGAUCGUAUGAGGAGAGAGAAAAAUAUUGA